GCCGCCUAUGUUUACAGUAAUAUCAUCUCUGAUAGUGAAUUUAUGUUAUCAAGUUGAUGAAAGAUGACCGAUGUUAAUUUGUCAUCUGAAGCUAAUAAUUUAAUUUAUAAUUGGGAACGUCCCAAUGACCCUUUAGCUCCAUUGAGCAAUUUACAACGUAACAUAGUUUUAGAUCUUUGCCAAGAAAUUAAAGAAAUUGGUCCUUUUUACAAGCUUAACAUAUCUAAAGAUGACACUGUUGAUGAAGAACUGUCAAAUAACAGGAAAGAAGAGUUGCCUGAUGUUUUAGAAAAUUCUAGAGAUUUUUUGGCCUGGUAUUCUAAAGAAGAAAAUAACUGGUUGGAAAGAGAAGAUGCUGUCUAUGUUAACUACUUGGAUUAUUUAGAAAAGCAAAGAAAUGAAUGUAAUGGUCUUCUUGUUCAGGUUGAGAAAUGCCUAAAAAAUCUACGUGAACUUAGUCAUGAAUAUCAGUUAGUGUCCGAUAAAACAAAUUCAUUGCACCAAGUCAGUGAGGAAUUAAUUUCUGAUCAGAUGAAAUUAAUUCAAAAGAAGGAAGCAAUAAAAGAGAGGUUAAACAGAUUCAAAUCUCUUGAUAAAUUUGUACAAUCUUUAGACAACUCAACCUUAUCUAUUCAUAAUAAUAAUUUAGAUACUAUAUUAGACCAGUUAAAUGACCAUAUUAAAUACCACCAGCAUCAUGUUACUUUUCGAGAGAGUCAUGCGUAUAUGUCCAGAUAUUGGCAGUGCUUACGAAGGGUUUUGGCUCUUGUCCGAAGUAACGUUGGUUCUGGACUGGCAUUAGCAUCCCAACAGGCGUCUGCUAGCCAAGCUUACCAUUAUGCUAAGUUUCAAUCUGCUGCAGUUAAUUUAAGGCCACUUUUGGCAGCUCUCGAAGCCAGGGUAGAUGUCUUCCAGGAUUAUAAUGAGGUCCUGAUUGAAUGUCAAGAAAUGUAUGUAACAGAAAGAGAAAGCUUGAUUGGACCAAGUGUUAAACGUACUUUAGAUGAUUUGUCUAAUGAAAAGGAUACGUGUGCUCUACUAAGAUCUGCAUCAGCCUUUCUACUCCACGUUUCCCUGGAUGAACAUGCACUUUAUACACAAUUCUUUUCAACAUCUAGUGAAGUGUUUUAUCGGUACUUGGAAAGAAUCUGUACCAGUGUUUAUGAUAAGGUUCGACCUCUUGUUAUACAUAUGAAGCAUUUAGAGUCUUUAGCAGAAUUAUGUUCAAUUCUGAGAUUGGAAUUAUUACAUGAACAAGUCAGCACUAAUAAGGAGGCGCUUGCUGCUUUUGGUAGCGUUGCUGAACAGUUGUUGCAUGAUGUACAAGAAAGGCUGGUCUUUAGAGCGUUGCUAUAUUUAAGAACGGAUGUGGCUGGUUAUUCUCCUUCACCAGGUGACUUAGCGUAUCCUGAAAAAUUACACAUGAUGCAGCAAAUAGCUGAAUCAUUACAAGAACAAGAAAUGGCAUCACUCAGUCGUUGUGACUCCACUGCAUCACUUGCUUCCCAAGAAGUAGCCAGGAUCAGUCAUCAAGCAGCUGGAAAUACUAGUAGUCCAGCAGAUCUUCAUGGAAUGUGGUACCCACCACUCCGUAGGACACUUCUAUGCCUUAGCAGAUUGUAUAGGUGUCUUGAAAGAUCUACAUUUCAAGGAAUUUCCCAAGAAGCUAUUUCUAUAUGCAUUGAGGCAAUUUCAGUGGCAGCAGCACAAAUAUCUGCUAAUAAGUCACCUCUGGAUGGAGAAAUGUUCCAAAUUAAACAUCUUCUGAUAUUGAGAGAGCAGAUAGCACCAUUUCAAGUUGAUUUUACUGUAAAAGAGGUUGCUCUAGACUUCAGUAAAAUGAAAACUGCAGCAUUCCAGUUAUACAACAAAAGAACGCAGGUCUUUUCCCUGUCUUCAAACAAUGCUCUUCUUCAAUUUCUGUUGGAUGGCUCUCCUCAAGUUAGAGAACAUCUUCUAGACUCUAGGAAAGAUGUGGAUCGACGGUUGAAAACAUCUUGUGAGGCCUUUAUUGCUCAUGCUACGAACCAUCUUUUGCCCGGUUUUAAAGAGUUUCUUGACAAGGCAGAGAGAUGGGUGCCUAAAGAAGCUGUUCAAAAAGAAUCAUGGGGUAAGCCAACAGAAGUGGCACAGUUAGUGAAAAAUGGUCUGAAAGGAAUAAAAUCAAAGCUUGGAAGUAUUCAGGCUACUAUGCAUCUUUAUCUAGCUAAUAAAAAUACUGAAUUCAUUUUGUAUACACCAAUAAAGAAUAACGUUAUUGGAUGGUUCACACGUCUUCACCAAAUAUUGAUAUCAUGCAGUUAUUCAGCUGAUGAAAUAAUACAAAUUGGAUGCCCCACUGCUGAACAAGUUGCACUCAUGUUGUCCUCCGCUUCCUUAGCUUCUCAAAGUGGACAGAGGAGCAGGCGUACAAGUGAACAGCCAAGAGUGGAAACAGAAAAUGGGAUGGAAAAAGAUGUUGAUGAUACUGUUUUUAAGAAACAAGAUAGUCUUAAGGAAUCAUCUGUUAUUAAAACUGAUAAUGAUGUUAUUAAAAAUGACACUGAUCAUUGUUUACAAGAAGGAAAUAAUCCUUCACCUCCUGAAAGGACAGACGUCGAGGAUAGCAAAAAGCACAAUAAUCAAUCUGAAAAUUAGAUUGAUUUUGUAAAUUCAUAAGAUUAUUAAAAAUAAUUGUUUUAUUUUAUUGUAAAAUUUGUUUCUAUUUAUUAUAUAUUAAUAUGUAUGUUAUUUAUUUAUAAUUUAAAAGAAAUUAUGGAAUAUAUCUAAUAAAUAUUUUAUUUUAACAUA